AUGGUUCAGCCUAUCGUCACAGAAAACGCCCUCAUCAGAGGUAGCCGUAUCGCCUAUGGCGUCUACGGCACCGGCACUCCAGUCGUCCUCCUUCACGGAACUCCCUCUUCAUCUCUCAUCUGGCGCAACAUCGUCCCCAGGCUCGUCGAGGAAGGCUUCAAGGUGCACGUCUUCGAUCUCCUUGGCUUUGGCCUUUCUGAGCGCCCUUGGGACUCUGCCGUCGACACGUCCAUGACAGGCCAGGUACCAAUCCUGGAAGGACUUCUGUCGUUGUGGGGCUUGGACAAGACUCAUAUCAUCGCCCAUGACAUUGGAGGCGGUAUUGCUCAGCGGUUCGCCAUCUUCUCACCAGAGAGGGUGCUGUCGCUGACGCUCAUCGACGUGGUAUGCUUCGACAGCUACCCCUCGAAGCGGACCAAGCAGCAGAUGCAGAAGGGCCUCGAGUCUCUCAUCAAAGUGAGCGACAACGAUCAUCGCGCCCAUUUUAGAGAGUGGCUGCUUCACGCUGUCAAGAACCCUGCCAAGUUCGAACAAUCGAGUUUGGACUCCUACUUGGAAUACAUCUCCGGCCCCAUCGGCCAACCGAGCUUGUUUGAGCAUCAGGUUCGGCAUUAUGAUCCUAAGCACACGAUGGAAGUGGCCCCUCGCCUUGGUGAGCUGGAGAAGAUACCUGUGCAGUUGAUUUGGGGCGCGGAUGAUGCCUGGCAGGUUGUUGACUGGGCUCAUAAACUUCAUGAAGCUAUUCCGGGGUCCGAGCUCAACAUUGUGGAGGAUGCAGGGCACUUUUCGCUUGAAGACCAACCCGAAAAGAUUUCUGAGCUUCUUGUAUCGUUUCUUAACAAGCACUGA